GUAGGCACUCCGCCGCCCAUGGGCGACUCGGAGGACGAGUUCCGGGCGUCCCGCCGCGGGCGCCCCAAAUUGGCGGGGGGUCCCCAGGGGGGUCGCCGCCUCCGCCUCCGCCGCCCGCCUCCCCCUGCUCCUGCCCGCGGGGACGAGGCGGAGGCCCCCGGGAAGACCCAGCAUGGCGGAGAAGCCCCUUCAGGGGCGUCCGGACUCCCCCCCGCCUCGCUCAUUGGUAUGACCCGCUUCCUUUGGCCUCGCUCAGGCGGGUCGGACCAAGAAGCGCUGCGGGGGGAGGCGUGUGUCAGCCUGUUUCUGGGCGUUCUGGGGGGUGGGGGGCCUGGGGGGGCACACAGGGGGCAGCUCCUCUCUUCGCAGCAGCAAAUGGAGCCCGCCUGGUUUUCCCCCGGCAGGAGCCCCUCCAGGAGCGGGAGACGCAGCAGCAGAGGAAGGAGGACGCGGCGGAGGAGGAAGAUGCAGCCGCCCCUGGCAGGGGCAGCCGCAGGAGGAGCAGGGAUCCGCGCAGGUGACCCAGGAGCCCCUGGUGCUGCCCGGCGCCUCAGCCAGGAAGGAGGAGGAGGAGGAGGAGGACUGUGCCAGGAGGCCACCCGCUUGCCCGGACGGUCAGUGUCAGGACGGCCCCGUGUCCUGCCAUGGCUCAGUGUUGACGUCUUGGGGGUGGUGGUGUUGGCACUGGGCAGAUCCUUCACCCCCCAGCUCAGAUGCAGCGUUUGCAUCCAAGGAAAACAGGAUCCUGCCCAAACCUGCUUGCUGGAUCGAAGGUCUGGGUUCCAAGGCUGGUCGCUGUCCAAACGUCACAGCUGAGGCUUGGGAAAUGCUUUCCAGGCUCCUCCUGCGCCCCAGAGGCACCGGCACGGUCCCAGGCGCCAGACCACAGCCUGAGGCUGCUCCGAGGGAGCCAGGGGGCCUGACUCUCUUCUUCCCCCCUAGUCCAGUCCUGGGGGUGCCAUGGGGCUGCUCAUCCGGAGCUGCAGCCGGGAAGCCUGGAGGAGGCUGGCUGGGUGUUCUGCCAGAUCUGCCAGAAGGACCUCUCUGCCAUGAACUCCGUCCAGAGGGAGCAGCAUGUCAACAGGUGGGGGCUCCUUGGUUGGGGGAGACGGCUGGAGAGAGGGGACGUUGCUGGGAGACUCAGGCCAGGCCUGGCUCAGCCAGGGGGGCAGCUGGCUAAGCCAAUUGAUUUUAACCAAUUGUUUUUAUACCUGGUGUUAGCCGCCCUGAGCCUGGUCUUGGCUGGGGAGGGUGGGGUAUAAAUAAAAAUUAUUAUUAUUAUUAUAAUAUACAUUACAUAGUUUGUAAUGUUUCCAUGUUUUUUUCCCUUUUUCCCUUUUCUAUUUAAUCUACCGUAAAGAGUUCAAUCAAAUAUGAAUAAAACCUCAAUGAAAAAUAAAAGGCUUCUUUAGCAGCUGAGCUGGGGUGGGGCGGGGGUCCUCCUCUCCCCUGAGGGCUUCCUGCCUGAAGAGACUCUAUUUUUCCUCCAGGUGCCUGGAUGACCUGGAGGGCCCCCUUUCUGCCCCCCCUGCCAGGGGCCCGGUUGUCCCCGAGUGCCCCAUCUGCGGAAAGGGCUUCAGCUCCCUCCGGAGUCGGGGCAGCCACUUGAAGCGCUGCGCUGCCAGGAUGGAGGUCCCCCCCACGCUGCUCCUUCAGGCGGUACGGCAGCAGCAACAGCAGACCUUGCUCCUUGGCCCCCCAGCCGCCCAGAGGUGAGUCCAGAGAGUCCUUCAGGGCCCAGCCUCCCUUGGAUGUGGAGUCUUGCUCAGUGAAGCUCUUCCUCCUCUUGGCCUCUUGAGUGAGCCGGGGGCCUGGGGUGCAAUUAAUGCUUCACUUGGGUAGAGGGGCUGCACCCAUUCCCCUUCUUGAGAAGACCCCCAAGUUCUGAGAGGGCAGCAUAUUUGGAGAAAACCGCUGACCUGCCUUCAGGAUUGCUCAGUGGUGCUGAAAUACUGAAGAAAUGAACCUAUGCUACCAAUUCUCGUUGUAGACCAGUAUGAAGCAAGCAGCACAUAAGCGGCACACGAAACACUACCAAACCAUUCUAUGUUCUAAAUAUUAUAUUAAUAAUCCAAAAAUUGAGAGAACAAGGUACAAGAUCUGCUACAAAAGCCACAAACAGAAAACUGAAGAAGCCCGAGACUCUUCAUGGGCGAAACAGGUGACAAACGCCGGUACCCUGUCUAAAUCUCGUGCAUAACAUCACUGACACUCCGCUUGAUCAAACUUAUCUUCGUUGAUAUCUACAGGAGCCUGGCUAAAGGAACUUUAAAGACUGAAUCUUCCUUUUGGACACAAUUUGAAUGAGUUUUCUGUUUGUGGCUUUUGUUGUAGAUCUUGUAGCUUCUUCUCUCAAUUUUUGGAUUACAGUGGUGCCUCAGGUUAAAUACUUACCAGUAAUUCAUUCCGGAGGUCCAUACUUAACCUGAAACUGUUCUUAACCUGAGGUACCACUUUUGCUAAUGGGGACUCCUGCUGCUGCCGUGCCGCCAGAGCACGAUUUAUGUUCUCAUCCUGAAGCAAAGUUCUUAACCUGAUGCACUAUUUUUGGGUUAGCGGAGUGUGUAACCUGAAGCGUAUGUAACCUGAAGUGUAUGUAACCUGAAGUACCACUGUAUUAAUAUAAGAUUUGGAACGUAGAAUGGUUUGGUAGUGUUUUGUGUGCCGCCAAUAAUAAUAAUAAUAAUAAUAAUAAUAAUAAUAAUUUAUUAUUUAUACCCCGCCCAUCUGGCUGGGCCUCCCCAGCCACUCUGGGCGGCUUCCAUAGAAACCAAAAAUACAGUAAAAUAUCACACGUUAAAAACGCUUAUGUGCUGCUUACUUCAUACUGGUCUAGUGGUGCUGAAGUGGCUUGGUCACCUUGGCUGGUGACAUCGCACUUGUCAUUGGAAGGGUCCCUCUUCUCCUUUUCCUUGGUCUUUUGGCGCUGUGGACCUUGCUGUCCUUCUGGAGCGGCCCAGGGAGGUGGGCACUGGGGACAUCCUAGGCAGCGGUUUUGCUGCUGCCUCCAGGACCAUUUUUCGAAAGUGCUUCUUGGGGAGGCACUGCUUGGUACCACGGGGCAGUUCCUGUGGCCUCCUGCUGCCCUCUUGUUCCUUUCCCUAUUUCAUGUCUGCCUGAAGCAGCUGGGAGCUGUCAUCGUCAGGAGUGAGAUCUUGCCAGUAGGUGGUUGGCACCCGCCCAGCUCUCUUGAAUCAGAAGAGGUGGUUUAGAUGCUAGAUCUGGGCUUAGAGAUGGAGCGGCCCUGCAGGGAGGGAGCUUCCUGGUCUGCAGAUAUAGGAGCACUUCCCCUCUGAAAGGCAGCCUGGUCUGUAGACAGGAGUGUUGCAGGACGCUUAGGGUGGUCCACUCAGAUUGGGGGGGGGGACAGCUGUUGCCCACUGCAGCUCCUGAGCUGGGUUAACCGACCUCUCCUGCCCCGUCCAGCGGCUCCAAGCGAAAAGGUGCCUCUUCCGCGCAACGCUUGCCGAAGAAACGCAAGGCGGUGGCCGAGGUGGAUGGAGCGACGGAGGAUCUGCUGGUUGCCAUGGCCAUGUCCCGCUCUCUCUUGGAGGAGGAGGAGAUGGGGAAGACCAAACGGCUGGCUGGGAGCAGGCAGGACACCGCUUUGCAAAGCAGGAAGCCCCGAAAAGCAGGUGAGCUCCAGGCAGGGCCCGGCGGAAGGUGACCGGCCCCCGGGGGAGGUCUCUGGUGGCUGCCUCUGGCUUCUGGGCUCAAGGCAACUCGCGGGUUCCUUCUAUGUCCUCUGGAAAUGUGCUUAUUCUGCAGCUCUCUUGAGAACCUUUUCCUUGGUGCAUCUUAUCCUGUUGAGACGCCAGGAAGAGCCCAGCGCUGAGAUGGGCUGCUUUUGGCCUGCUGUGCCAGGAAGCUGGUGGGGGGGGGGGAGGAGUGGGUUUCUGCAGCUGUUAGGUGCCUUUCAUCCCAGGCCAGAUAUUUAGCAUGUCCAUUUCCUGCAUUUAUGUCUGUGGUUGCGAUUUCUUCACUGCGGGGGUUGGACUGGAUGACCCCUGGGGUCCCUUCCGCCUCUCUGACCCUCUCCUGCCAGGAUCCUUCAAUAGAAGCUUCUCAGACAAAAUGCCCUUGUUCCCAGAGGGGGAUGUGGGGAACGGCUGUGGCCCCUGCUGCUUUGGGGCUGCUUCCUCCCGCUGCUUCUCCUCCUUGCCCUUCGGAGGCCUGGGCGGCGUUUGCUGUGGGGCAGGCAGGGGCUUCCUCCGCGGCUCUCAGCCACGUUCCCUGUGUGUUGCUUCCUAGAGAAGAAGACCCGAGCGAAGCCUCUGCCUCUGCUGCUGGCCCAGGACCCCCAGGAGGCCCGCCGGCGGAUGGAGGCUCGUGUGGCGCAGCUGCUCUCCGAAGCGGAGGAGGAGUUCCCCAGCACCCCCCAGCUCCCCCCCAGCCGACUCAUUGAGCUGUCCCGGGGAGCAGGGGGGGCCCACGGCUCUUUGUGGGAAGCCAGCUCCUUGGCAGGACUGUGUACCCCGGGCAGCUUUCAGGCCACGGACUUCGCCCGCUCUGUUUCGUUGCAGACGCCCGAGGAGGUGGGUGUCUGUGUCGGGGGGGGGGCUCCAACUCCUGCCUGCUUAUUAGGUGCUCAGUAAUCAGGCUGGCAAGGUGCAGGGGGUCUCAUCCGCACAUUGGUGUUCCUGGGACUGCUUGCUCGGGAUCCAGUCCUGGAGAGCCCUUUUGAAACGGGAGCUCCUUCUGGGCGGUUGAUCCUGGGGCUGCCCUCCCCGCAGAGCCCUGAGCAAGGGCCUCCCCCCCCCCGGAACAGCGCCGCUGAGCCCAGGGCAGUUUGUGCACAGCAGCUCUUUCAAGAGGAGGAGCGGAGGGGAGAGUCACAGGAUCCCUGUCUAGCCAGGGAGCAACGGAGCCCAGGACUCACUCCUGGGUUCUGGCACCCUGGCCCGGCCGAGGAGCUUCCCAGAAGUGCCACUGGUGGCUUCAACAUGCCCCGUUGAGGCCAGAUCUGUGUCUAUUAUUCGCCGGGGCCUCCACUUUUGCUUAAUCCUAUGCUAUUAUUACGGUCACAGACCAGUUCCGGGUCACUUACAAUAUCAGGAAAAUCAUAAAAAUAUAACAGGGAUACAUUGAAUUGCAAUUGGGUAUAACAGACAAUUCAGAUAUAGCGGCAGUUAAAAAUAUAUAUUAAAUCUUGGUCACUAAAAUAUAACCUAAAAUUAUCGUUUAAAACCUUUUGGUAAUACAGCUUGUUCCUUAAGUUUUAUGGCAGUUGCACAGAAUUUGGCCACCCUUAGCGUAAUCUCUAGAUCCUUGUCCUCUACCAGGAGUUUUAGACAUUGAAGUUCGGACCCAUUUGGAGAUUUUUGUAUAACAGGAGUGCUUCAUUCUGUUUCUCUUUCCUUCUGACUGUUCUCCUGGUUCCCAGUCUCUUCCUGCUGCUGCCUCUGGGGCAUGAGGGGGGGCCUUGGACCACGGAGGGGGUCUCAGCAGGCCCAGGAUGCUCUGCCCUGAGGUGGGGAGAAGCAGGUGACCCCCAGCCCCCUCCUCUGCUGGCUGUAGUUUCCAGGCAGAAUGGGGAGGGGAGGUGGGUGGGGUGUUUUGGACAUGAAAUGGCCCCCUUGGUUCGGGGCCAGCCUCGCUCUUCCCCUGGGUGCUCUGGGGCUGGCUGCCCACAGGCAGAUAGGAAGACGCCGCUCCCCAGCCUGAGAUCAGACACCUCCAUCCUAGGAGACUGGACAAGGGUUGAGAGAUGCCGUCCAGAAAUGGAAAAGGAGCGAGGUCCCAGCUAAAGGAGAAUGGCAACUUAAACUGGUGGAAUAUGCGCAGCUUGCAGACUCAGCACAUUGAAUAAGAGAACAAGAAGAACAUAUGUUCAAAGAGAUUGGAAAACAUUUAUUGAAUGUAUGGGAAAGACCUGUGUACAGCUGAAAACACUGGCAGCAUUUAGAUAAAUUCAACAGUGUAAAUAAGUUAUGGUUGUGAUAAUGAAAUACUGAAUGGUAUAGUUUCUGUAAAAUAUGCAGGGAUUUGGGAUAUGUAAAAUGAACCAUGGACAGAGAAGAAGGGAAGUCAUUGAUAUCUUAAAAAUGUAAAAAUGAGUACUUUAAAUUGUAAAACAGGAAAUUUAAUAAAAAUUACACACACACAAAGAGUGUGUGUGAAUGUGUCUGUGUGUGUGUGUGUGUGUACACACACACACACAGUCGUACCUUGGGUUACAGAUGCUUCAGGUUGCGUUUUUUCGGUUCAUGGACCUCUGAAACACGGAAGUACUGGAACGGGUUACUUCUAGGUUUUGGUGGUCACGCAUGCGCAGAAGCACUAAAUCGUGCUUUGCGCAUGCACAGAGGUGCUGAAUCGCAAUCCGCACGUGCACAGAUGCGCCACUGCGAGUUGUGAAUGUGCAUCCCGCAUUGAACACAUUUGCAACCCGAGCGUCCACUGUGUGUGUGUGUGUGUGUGUGUGUGUAUGUAUAUAUAUAUAUACACACACACACAUAUAUAUGGGUUGAGAGAUGGUGGGUGUUGCCAUUUGGGUUGGCUUCUGGCGUGUUGAGGCUAAACCUCAUGUCUGCACCCCAAACCUUCCCUUCCAGGGAGCCGUGCUGGGCGUGGCUUUGCCACCCCCGGGGCCCAUCGGACCGGCCGAGAGGGAGCAGGGGCCGGCUGGUGCUGUGCUUCUCCCAGGACGCGCCUCUGGAGAUUCGAGGGAGAGGCUGCCUGGCCGACCGGGCGAUGCAGAGGCGCUGCAGGACCUGGCGGAGCUGGCGGGAGAAGGGCUGACCCUCACCCAGUGGCAGCAGGAGGGGCCGGGUGAGCAAGGACUUCCUUGGGGAAAAGGGGCCGGCAGGUGCAGAACUGAGCCUGCCAAGAGGAGUCUGGGCUGCGGACGGGGGCAGAGACCUGCCUGGACCCAGAGCCGGUCGUCAGGUUACUUAUUGUGAACCUGUGUUUUUCUCUCUCUGCUCCAGGUCAAGGUUGGCUUUCUGGCGACGUUCUGCAGAGCAGUUUUCUCCAACCACUGGAGAAGCAGCUGCCCCAAAGGAGCUGUCCUCAAAUGGUAAGGUUAGAUCCCCAUGUUUGGUUGGAAGGGGGGCACUGUGUUAGCUGGGAAGCAGAGGAUCCCAAAACCCCCGGGAGGAAGCCCCCCUGAGCCCCUUGUGGAUGCGCAAGGGAAAUCUGGGUGCCUCUGCAUGGGGGGGUGGGGGGGGUUUGAGCCCCACUGCGGUCCUUCCUCAAGGUCCGUUUAGCCCCUGCUGUUUUCCAGGAAGGAGCUGGAGCAGGAGGUGGAGUGUGGCCACUCUCUCCCUCUCUCUCUCCUCUCUCUCAGCUCCUGCUGGGCUCCUUGGCUGACGCCUUCAGAGGGAUGGUGAACAACCCUCAUCUGAGUGACGUCCAGUUUCAGGUGGACACUGGGGAGCUCCUCUAUGCGCACCUGUUUGUGCUUUAUGCACGGUGCCCACAGCUGAUGGAAAUGGUAAGGACGUGCGGCUGGGGGGCACAUCACCCCAAGGGGUCUCCUUGAUUCUGGCCUGGGUUCUGGGUCUUCGGGUAUCAGGCAAGGAGCAAGACUUUGCCCUUGCCGUUUUCUCUUAAUGUUGCCUGAGAUUUGAGGAGGAAGCCCAGCCGUGUUGCCUGCCUGGGGGAGGGCGAUGGAAUCCGCUGCAGCCUUUGGGUCUUGCUGCUCCAACGCAGGAGCCACAGGAGAGGAGGGCCUGCUCCGCAGAGAACCCAGCAGCCAUGCGCUGUUGCAGGCAAGAGCUGCUUGUGCAGGAGGGCGUGUGGGGUGAGAGGAGGCAAGGAGGACCAAGGGAAGCGGGUGCCAAAAAGGGCAAGAGAGGGGGGGAGGGAUUGGAGCUUGCCUUUCAUCCAAGGAGGAAGAGAAAGCUCUCCCUGCAGGCCUGCAGCCAGGCUGCUUAGGGGCACUUUGGCAAGAGGGAAUGAUGCCCCAAUCUGCUGGCUGCUCCACAGUCCUCCGUCUCUUGCCAGGCUGGCUGCGAAGGUUUCCUCGUGGCUGAAGAAGGGGGUGCAGGGACCCGCCGGGUGCUGCUGAGCGAUGUGUCGAAGGAGGCCCUGGGCGUGUUCCUGAGCUACCUUUACACGGCUGACGUCUCCGUCCCUCGCCAUGUGCUGUCGGAAGUGGCUGCUUUGGCCAGGAGGUUGGUGGGCUCUUGCUUCCUGGUGUUUUCCUUGCUGCUGCUGGAUUGGGCCCUGCUCCCUGCUCCCUGCUCCCUGCUCCCUGCCCCCCCAGGCUGACUUCCGCUUUGACGCCUGAUGGAGACACUUUCCCCCCUCUCUUGGAAGCGCAUUUGCACGCACGUCUUUUGUUUCAGGUUUGGAGUGACGGAACUGGCUGGCGUCUGCCUUGGCUGCCAGCCUGGCCUGGGGGCUCCUGGAGCUGAAGAGGAGGCAAGAGAGGACAGAGCCGAGACCUUUGAGGGGCUCCUGAAAUCCAUGUGGCUGGACGAAGAGGAAGAAGCCUUCCUGCAGGGCGGACAGCUGGAGGAAGCCGACAGCGAGGAAGUGGGCGAGCAGGAGCUGGAGCAGAUCUAUGAGUUUGCUGCCACCCAGCGCAGAGCUGCCCAUGAUGGGCUCGUCGUCUGCAAGGGAGCCACCGACCCCAGGAAGGUGCCACGGGAGCCUGCAGAGGGCAGGGCAGCCACGGCAGAGUGGACGGGAAGCCUCUGCCCAGAACAGUCCCAGUUGCCAGCUGCUGCUGCUGCCAGUGGGCCAGGGGCCCCCCUCAGAGCUGCCUCCAGAAGAGUGCCCCAGAUGGAGGAGGAGACUUGGGAGCAGCACGAGCACUCGGCAGUCCUGUUUCCUGCCACCCGGGCUGACCGCUCUGGGCUCUCUCAGCAGAGCCGUUGUGCUGAGGAGCAGAGGGGCAGUGCAGCCAGCCCAGGCCCUGCAUCUCAGGGAUUUCCCGGCCUCCUCCAGGGGCCACCGAGGGACCUCUUGCCCCUGGGAUCUUCCUCUCCCAAACGGAGGCCGGCAUCACCCACCGGCCCCUUGGCCCUCCUCUCUCUGAGCACUCGGGGCCUGUUCUCUCCCCCUCCGAACAGCGAGUUGGAGCGGCCUGCGCGGAACAAGACCCCAGGUCCUGGCUGCAGCCCAGGCGGCCGUGGGGCCUCGGAGGGCAGCCCCAUUGUGCUCUUGGAUUCUGAUGAAGAGGCAGAGCUUGCCGGAGCGGCCCUCUCUGGGCCACGCACAGGGGCCUCGCAGUGUCAGUCGAGCCAAGGGGGGGCAGAUGUUUCCAGUGGGCAGAGGCCGUCCCUGCCACCCGCCCGUGAGGUGGGUCCUGGGGAGUUUUGGGACGCUGGUGGAGGAAGUCCUCUGCUUCUGAGGCUGGCCAGCAAUGGAGAAGAGAGCUGGGAAGAGGCCUCCAGUUGGAGAGUGCCAGACACUCCUCUGCUGGGCGGGUGCAGCUCCACCUUGGCCCCUGGGACUGAGGAGCAGGGGUCUAAAGGGGCUGGAGAGAGCCCACCCGCCUACAGAUCCGCUACCAGGCUGCCUCUGCUGGGACCCCCGCCUGCCCGGAAGAAGUCUGCCAGCAGCCCCGUGGUGGUCGUGGGCGACAGCAAAGAGGAACUCGAUUCAGCAGCCCCUUGGCCCCAGAGCGGCCCCCUUGUGCCUGGGGAGGACUCCCUGUGUCGCUCGGAGGAAGGGGACAGCCUUCUUUUUCUGACAGCAAAUGCCCCAACCCCACUGAGGACUCCGCCAGCUAGGAGUCCCACGACUGGGGGAGCAGCUGCCCCCCACUUCGGAGAGAGGGGUGCUUCAACAGGAGAAGACUCUGAUAGCAGUGAGGUCUUUCCUCUGACCCAGAGAACGCCUGGUAAGUGGCCGCUCUGGGCCCGGGGGGAGCAGAGGGUGGGGAGCACUUGGCAUGGGGCUCUGGGCUUGUGCUGUGUGGCACUGGCUCUCUGGCCACUUGGCAAAGCCCCUUUGGCCCUGCUGGUCACCUUCCACUCGCCGGGCAGCCCAGCUAAACCUCCUGAGGGCUGCGCCCACCUUGCUCUGUUCCAGAUCUUGCCUUUGAGACCGGGAGCGAGACGCCGAAGGCAGCUCCGCCCACCCCAAUGCCAUCUUACUCCGUCAUGGAGACCCCAAAGCUGAAGAAGGAGCUGCACAGGUGGGUGCUGUCGGGGGGCGGGGGACAGGCUCCUCCGGCAGGGAGAGGAAGGCUGCAGCGUUUGCCCCUGUGACCGCUUGUCUCUUGUUUCUUCUCAGGUUUGGAGUCCGUGCUCUCCCAAAGCGGAAGAUGAUCUUGAAGCUGAAGGAGAUAUUUCAGUACACUCACCAAGGGGCCAGAGCCAACCCCCAGGAACAGGCAGCUGUGGCCUCCCAGCUGGCCUUGCCCCACAGCCCAGCCCAGCCGGUCCCGAGGAAGCGAAGGCUGGCCGUCGCCUCCAGCCCCGUUGGCAAGCGCCUGCCCGGAUCUGGGGGAAGCCAGGCUGUCGGCGGCUUCAGGGAUCCUUCUGGCGGAGGUCGUGAGGGGCUUGAGCCCCCCACUUCAGGGCCGCUGCAGGGGACAGCCUCGCUUCCCACAGGAUUUCCCCGUGGAGGAAGCACCAAGGACGCGGCGCCCACGGCCUCCCAGGAAUCGACUGCAUCUUCAGGGACUGGCAGUGAUGUGUCCGUAGCCUCCCAGAGGUAGGAGGCUGGCUGGGGGUGGCAUGCUCCUUUCUGCUGGUUCCCUCUGGCCAGAAAAGGCCACUGAACACAGCUGCCCAGACAAUGGCCAGGCUGCCAAAACCCAAACCCAGCCUUUCUCACCCCUUGAAACUGUGUCCUGUCCCUCUGUCUCCACAUAAUCUGCUCAGUGGGAAUUUGCUCAGGAGCUGAAACCAGCCCACCCCCCAUCCCUCUGCUCUUCUGCCCUCUCUUGAGUUUUCAUAGCAGCCUUGGCUCACUGCCUAACAUCGCUGUCCCAGGUGGAAUCAGGGCUUCUUUAGAAACACAGCAAGAGCAGAGAGACUUAGGAAGUGGAUUUGUGUGCCCAGAGCCAGGCUGGAGUGGUUUUCCAAUGGUGCUUAGGCAGGCCGUUACUUUUGCUGCAACAGGGUUUGGGAAGGGCAGGGCAGAACACCUUCUUUGCAUGCAGAAGGCCCCACAUUCAGUCCUUUGCAUCUUGUUCUGUCUUGGUAAGAACUCCAAUCCUUUAGCGUGGCUCCACCUACACUUUGGAACUCCCUGCCACUGGACACAAGGCAAGCACCUUCACUGUCCUCUUUUUGGCACCUGCUAAAAACGGUCCUCUUUAGAUGAGCCUGUCUGGACAUGCAGAAUAGGGGCGUGUGCUUAAAUUUGGUUUUAGUUUAUUGAAUGUUUUACUUGUAAUGUUAUUGUUUUGUUUACCGUUUACUGGUAAUUUUAUUGUUUUAUUUUGUUUAAAAAAACUUUAAACCUCAAAGUGGUUUACAGUCUAGUGAUGUAUACAUUUUAUGAAAUGAGUAAAUACCUGGAAACCUGCUUCCCAGUCUGCUAAAUUGCCAACAAUCUGCCUCCUAUGUUUUCUCCUUGUGUGGCGCCUGGUCCUCUGGCCAGAGCAGCGGUGUGUCCCUGACUCCUCGCAAAGGGCCAGUGAAGGGAAGAGCUUCUGACCCUCCCUCUCUCUCUCUCUCUCUCUCAGCUCUUCUUCAAUGGAGUUUGGCUCGCUGGUCGAGGAGGAAGAGGAGGAGCCCGUCCCGGCUUCUCAGGCUGCAGCCCGCGAGGCACACAAACUAGAAGCCUUGCGUCGCCACCUCACCUCCAAGCCAGCUCUUUGGCGCCAAAUCCUCCUGUACCAGCCCAUUGAGUUGGCUGGGCUGCAGGCAGAACUGAAGGAAAGCGGCGUCAAGAUUGCGAUGGGCAGGCUGAUGGACUUCCUCGACGCGCACUGCAUUACCUUCACGACUGCAGAAGCCCGGAGGGAGAAGCAACGGCACUCCAAAAAGCGGAGACGGCGGUUCUGAGGAGUUUCUAUGGGCCUUGAUGGUGAAUCCGCCGGUGCUUUGCCCACUCAGCUGCCUCUUAUCACUUCCGUGUGUGUGUGAUUUUUCUUUGACUGGAAGAGCUGUGGCAAAGACAUGACUAAGCCUUCUGCUUAGAUGAUGCACUCGGACUGAACUGUGCUCCACCAUGGGAGAAAACAGCUUCUUUGGUGGCUGUCAGCUCAAAUCUGUACAGAGCAGGUCCCUGGAGCGGCUUGAGGGGGAGCGAAGAGAGACGCUGAAACACACGGCAGUUGCUUCAGGGCCUCCUCAUUGCAGGUGCAGCUGCCGCCGCGUCUCGGCCUGUGUUCGCUGGCCAAGAUUAUGGGUUGUUAGGUGUGGCUCACCUUGAGCAUCCCUCUGUACCCGUUGAUCUGUGCCAACCAUUAAACAUGUGGGUGUAACAUGCCUGUGUAAUAAAUAUGUUUCACUA